AUGUGCGCCGUGGCGAAAAUUCCUCACCUUAGAAAAAAGUUUCAACACCGCUGCGAAAUCUUUAGGUACCAAAUGUCAUCAUUCGAACCAGUUGUUGUUAUCGACGGUAAGGGCCACUUGUUGGGUCGCUUGGCUUCCAUCAUUGCCAAGCAGGUUUUGAACGGCCAAAAAAUCGUCGUUGUCAGAGCCGAGGCCUUGAACAUCAGUGGUGAAUUUUUCAGAAACAAGUUGAAGUACCACGACUACUUGAGAAAGAGUACCAGAUACAACAAGACCAAGGGUCCAUUCCACUUCAGAGCUCCUUCGAGAAUUCUCUACAAGGCUGUGAGAGGUAUGAUUCCUCACAAGACCGCUAGAGGUCAAGCUGCUUUGGAGAGACUCAAGGUCUUUGAAGGUAUUCCUCCACCAUACGACAAGAAGAAGAGAGUUGUUGUUCCACAAGCUUUGAGAGUGUUGAGAUUGAAGCAAGGUAGAAAGUACACCACCGUUGGUAAGUUGUCUUCUGCUGUUGGCUGGAAAUACGAGACUGUGGUUGACAAGUUGGAGGAGAAGAGAAAGUUGCAAUCUGCCGAAUACUACGCCAAGAAGAAGGCCUUGGCCAAGAAGGUGGAGAGCGCUCAAACUGCCACUGCCGGUUCCGAAGCUGCCAAGAAGUUGGCCGAGUUCGGAUACUAA